CCAACUCAGAAAAAAAAAAAAAGAGGAAGAAGAAAAAUCUCAGCCUCCUCUCGUUGACUCUCUCUCUGUGCCUUGCUCUUCCUCUGCAAGGCGAGCUAGUGAGUUCGGAAGCCAUGGCCGUAAUUUCUCCACAAGCCCUGAAAUCCCCGCUCGCUCCGCUCUGCCACUCUCAGCUUCCUCAGCCUCAGUUCAACAGGAGGAGCAGUCGUACCUUUCAGUCCGUAAUUAAGCCUGUGAAUCGAGAAGCCCUCGCAGCUCGGACGCGUGUCGUCGCGCGAGCUUCAGCUUCCGUGUCUGGGUUUAGCCCCGACAUCAGCGACAAGCUCGGUGAUGUCGGAAUCUUCAACGCCGCCGGCGAGCCCGUCCUGUUCACGGACCUCUGGGACCAGAAAGAGGGAAUUGCCGUGGUUGCUCUCCUGAGACACUUUGGAUGCUUCUGCUGUUGGGAACUUGCUGCGUCUUUGAAAGAAGCAAAACCACGGUUCGAUGCAGCUGGUGUCAAACUUAUUGCUGUCGGUGUUGGUGAGCCCCUCAAAGCUCGGAUGCUUGCUGAAAGGUUACCGUUUCCAAUGGACUGCCUCUACGCCGACCCCGAGCGGAAGGUAUAUGAUGUUAUGGGCUUGUACUUUGGCAUUGGUCGUACAUUUUUCAACCCCGCAAGUAUGAAGGUUUUCUCAAGACCGAGGUUCGAGGCUAUGAAGAAAGCCAUGGAAAACUAUACGAUUCAAGCCACUCCAGAUAACCGGAGUAGCGUUCUCCAACAGGGAGGGAUGUUCGUGUUUAAGGGGAAGGAGUUGUUAUAUGCACGGAAGGACGAAGGAACUGGGGAUCACGCCCCUCUAGAUGACAUAUUCGAUGUCUGUUGCAAAGUUCCGGUUUCAUAAGAUCUCAUCAACUGAUAUCAGUCUUCACAAUAUUUGUAUAGAUAUUUGUAUACAUGUGCCAUCUGUGUAUCCCAAAAUCUGAGGCAGGUUAACUUCAUAUCAGCUUCGAGUAAUUAAUAGCUUAGGGUCGGUUUUGAUGAAGGGCGCCUGGAAAACUGUGUAUUAUGUGUCAUCUGUUGUAGUAAUUUUUCAGGUAUGUCCGAACAAUGGAUUGCAUUGUAUUUGCUUCUACUACUUGACAACAGAGCAUUAAGCAGUUGUUACUGAAUUUUACUUUUAUCGGUUUAUAUUGAGGUAAUUCUCAAAAA